AUGUGGAGAAGAGUUAUAUUAUUGCUGAUCUUCUGUCACGUUUCAUCAUCAGUGAAACACUCCCUGAAGUAUUUUGUAACUGCAUCUUCUGGAGUCCCAAACUUCCCAGAGUUUGUGGCAGCUGCAGUGCUUGAUGGACAUAUGUCAGGUUACUGCGACAGCUACGGAAAUACAGUAGAACCAAAACAGGAGUGGAUGAAAACAUUAUUUGAAAAUGAACCUCAGGAGUUGAAAUGGUACAAUAAAGAGUGUUUUGAGAUUCAGCCAAGGGUAUUCAAAGCCAGGAUGUACAGUUUGAAGCAGCGCUUAAACCAAAGUGGAGGUGUCCAUGUUUUACAGAGAAUGGAUGGCUGUGCGUGGGAUGAUGAGACUGGAGAGGUUCAAGGUUUUAUGCAGUACGGUUAUGAUGGAGAAGACUUCAUGUCAUUUGAUCUAAAGACGCUGACAUGGAUCGCUCCAAAAACACAGGCUGUCACCACCAAACUGAUGUGGGAUGCUGAUAAAACUAGAAUAGAAUUUAAUGAAAGGUACCUCACUGAGAUGUUCCCUGAGUUCCUGAAGAUGUAUUUGGCCCUCGGCAAGAGCUCUCUGCAGAGAACUGAGCUCCCCUCAGUGUCUCUCCUCCAGAAGACUCCCUCCUCUCCAGUCAGCUGCCACGCUUCAGGUUUCUACCCUGACAGAGCCUCACUCAUCUGGAGGAAAGAUGGAGAGGAGCUUCACGAUGGAGAGGAGCUUCACAACCUCGGAGAGAUCCUCACCAACCACGAUGGAACCUUCCAGAUGAGGGCUGACCUUAGCAUUUCAUCAGUCACACCUGAAGACUGGACCAGGUACGAAUGUGUGUUUCAUCUCCCUGGUGUGAAGGACGACGUCGUCACCAGACUGGACAAAGCAGCGAUCAGGAGCAACGGGGGUAAGACUGAGAUCAAGUUUCCUGUUGUUGCUGUUAUUGCAGUUGUUAUCGGGCUGCUGCUGCUGCUCUUCAUCCCUGGACUCUUCAUGUGGAGAAGGAAUAAUAACAGUGAGUGA